GAGAAGAGGAAUGUUUAGAUACUAAAAUAAACUGGAGAGGGUCAUCAAAAAUCAUAUUCAUGGUUCAUUUCAAAAAUGUCCUUUAAGGAGUGAGUGAGUGUGUGUGUGUGUGUGUGUGUGUGUGUGUGCUUGCGCGCUUCGCCUCCACCUAGUCCACUGAGCCAUCUGAAUGAUGCCAGGGGAAGAUUUUGCAUUGCAAAGUCUGAUUGGAAAAAAAAAAAAAAAGCACCAAUUCAGGUAGUUAAUAGCGGAGUGGGUGCUAGAGCUGGGGAGAUGCGAAGGAGAAGGAGCAGCCCAAGCCGUCAGCUCGGGGGGCUGACCUGAUUCUCUGAAAUCCUUAGCUCGCUUUCUCCUUCCUCUCGCCUGCCUUCCCCCUUUCGGGUCUUUGCUGUCCCCCCGUGUUUUCCCUUUUUAGUGCUCGCAGCCCUGAAAACAAAGAAAUCCGGCUCCGGGUGCAUCGGGGCUCAGGCGGUGAGUGCACCUCACCAGGGAGGCAAGCGGGCUACUGCUCUCCUACCCCUGGACUAAGGCUUUCCCCGCUCGGGGUCCACAUCUCCUCCCAAACCCCCCACCCUCCUCCCCUCCCUCCCUCCAUCCCUCCCUUCGCUUCCCUUCCUCCCCCACCAUCUCAGCGCUGGGAGGAAGGCGAACGACGCUCAAGAUGGCUUUAGCCCGGCUCUGCGCCCUGCUCGCCUGCUGCUGGAUGCCGGCGGCUGUGCUGGCUACCGCCGCCGCCGCCGCGGCCGGCGGAGGAGGAGGAGACGGGGACCCAUCCAAGGAGCUGGAGUGCAAGCUGAAAAGCAUCACAGUGUCGGCGCUGCCCUUCCUGCGGGAGAACGACCUCAGCAUCAUGCACAGCCCCUCGGCCUCCGAGCCCAAGCUCCUGUUCUCGGUGCGCAAUGACUUCCCCGGGGAAAUGGUGGUUGUGGACGACCUGGAAAACACAGAACUCCCCUACUUCGUGCUGGAAAUCUCAGGGAACACAGAAGACAUCCCUUUAGUGCGCUGGCGGCAGCAGUGGCUGGAGAAUGGCACUCUACUCUUCCAUAUCCAUCACCAGGAUGGUGCUCCAAGCCUUCCAGGCCUUGACCCAACAGAAGAGCCUCAGAGUGAAUCAGCUGAAGAGGAGUUAAGGAUUCUCCACAUCUCUGUCAUGGGGGGUAUGAUCGCUCUGCUGCUCUCCAUCCUGUGCUUAGUAAUGAUCCUCUAUACUCGCCGACGCUGGUGUAAACGGCGACGUGUACCCCAGCCUCAGAAAAGCGCCAGUGCAGAGGCAGCUAAUGAGAUCCACUACAUCCCUUCAGUCCUCAUUGGUGGCCAUGGUCGUGAAAGCCUGCGGAAUGCACGGGUACAGGGUCACAAUUCCAGUGGCACCCUGAGCAUUCGAGAGACCCCUAUCCUGGAUGGUUAUGAGUAUGACAUCACAGACCUGAGACAUCACCUGCAACGGGAGUGCAUGAAUGGAGGGGAAGACUUUGCCAGUCAGGUGACCCGGACUCUGGAUUCUCUCCAGGGCUGCAAUGAGAAGUCGGGGAUGGACCUCACACCAGGAAGUGACAAUGCCAAACUGUCCCUGAUGAACAAAUACAAAGACAACAUCAUCGCCACCAGCCCUGUGGAUGCCAACCACCAGCAGGCGACCCUCCUGUCCCACACUUCCAGCAACCAAAGAAAACGGAUCAAUAACAAAGCUCGAGCUGGAUCUGCCUUCCUGAACCCUGAAGGAGAUUCAGGUACAGAAGCAGAUAAUGACCCCCAGCUGACUUUUUACACAGAUCCCUCUCGCAGCAGAAGGCGGAGCAGAGUGGGUUCUCCAAGAAGUCCUGUGAACAAGACCACUCUGACUCUUAUCAGCAUCACCAGCUGUGUGAUUGGUCUUGUCUGCUCAUCCCAUAUGAGCUGUCCGCUCAUUGUCAAAAUCACCCUUCAUGUUCCUGAGCACCUGAUUGCAGAUGGGAGCCGCUUUAUCUUACUGGAGGGCAGCCAACUAGAUGCCAGUGACUGGCUAAAUCCUGCCCAAGUGGUACUCUUCUCGCAGCAGAACUCCAGUGGGCCCUGGGCCAUGGAUCUUUGUGCCCGACGGCUCCUGGAUCCCUGUGAACAUCAAUGCGACCCAGAAACUGGGGAAUGCCUUUGCUAUGAAGGAUACAUGAAAGAUCCAGUACAUAAGCAUCUCUGUAUUCGGAACGAAUGGGGCACAAACCAGGGGCCUUGGCCUUAUACAAUAUUUCAGAGAGGAUUUGAUUUGGUUUUAGGAGAGCAGCCUUCAGAUAAGAUAUUCAGGUUUACCUAUACUCUAGGAGAGGGAAUGUGGCUGCCUCUAAGCAAGAGUUUUGUGAUUCCACCUGCAGAACUGGCCAUCAACCCUUCGGCUAAGUGCAAGACAGAUAUGACCGUAAUGGAGGAUGCAGUGGAGGUCAGAGAAGAGCUGAUGACCUCAUCCUCCUUUGACAGCUUGGAAGUUCUCUUGGAUUCAUUUGGACCCGUCAGGGAUUGCACCAAGGACAAUGGGGGCUGUAGCAAGAAUUUCAGGUGCAUCUCAGAUCGCAAGUUGGACUCCACUGGUUGUGUGUGCCCAUCAGGACUGAGUCCCAUGAAGGAUGGUACCGGUUGCUAUGAUCGCCAUAUUGGAGUUGACUGUUCUGAUGGAUUCAACGGGGGCUGUGAGCAGCUAUGUCUCCAGCAGAUGGCACCAUUUCCAGAUGAUCCUUUGCUAUAUAACAUCCUCAUGUUCUGUGGGUGUAUAGAGGAUUACAAGCUUGGUGUGGAUGGGCGCUCUUGCCAGCUGAUUACUGAGACUUGCCCAGAGGGCACCGAAUGUGGGGAAGGUCGGGAGCUUCCUAUGAACCAGACUCUGUUUGGAGAGAUAUUUUUUGGCUACAACAAUCACUCCAAGGAAGUGGCACCUGGACAAGUGCUGAAAGGAACAUUCAGGCAGAACAAUUUUGCUCGAGGCUUAGAGCAACAGCUGCCAGAUGGCCUAGUAGUGGCCACUAUCCCUCUGGAGAAUCAGUGCCUGGAGGAGAUCACAGAGCCCACACCAGAUCCAGAGUUCCUGACAGGAAUGGUGAACUUUAGUGAAGUAUCUGGGUACCCUCUACUACAACACUGGAAAGUCCGUUCUGUGAUGUAUCAUAUCAGGCUCAAUCAAGCGACCAUCUCCCAGGCUCUCAGCAAUGCCCUCCAUUCUCUGGAUGGAGCUACCUCUCGGGGAGAUUUUGUAGCCUUACUUGACCAGUUUGGCAAUCAUUACAUCCAGGAGGCUGUAUAUGGCUUUGAAGAAUCCUGCUCCAUCUGGUACCCAAACAAGCAGGUUCAGCGGCGGCUCUGGCUAGAGUAUGAGGACAUCAGUAAAGGAAACUCCCCCUCAGAUGAAUCGGAGGAGAGGGAACGGGACCCUAAAAUGCUCACAUUCCCAGAAUAUAUCGCCAGCCUGUCUGAGUCGGGCACCAAGCGCAUGGCGGCUGGAGUCCGCAUGGAGUGCCAGAGCCGAGGCCGGUGCCCUUCAUCCUGCCCACUGUGUCAUGUGACUGCCAGCCCCGAUUUGCCUGCUGAGCCAAUUCUUCUGGAGGUUACCAAGGCAGCUCCCAUCUAUGAACUGGUUACAAACAACCAGACACAGCGGUUGUUGCAGGAAGCCACCAUGAGCUCACUCUGGUGUUCAGGAACCGGGGAUGUCAUCGAGGAUUGGUGUCGGUGUGAUUCCAGUGCAUUUGGGGCAGAUGGCCUCCCCACUUGUGCUCCUCUUCCUCAACCUGUACUCCGGCUCUCCACAGUUCAUGAGCCUAGCAGCACACUGGUGGUACUGGAGUGGGAACACUCAGAGCCACCAAUAGGAGUACAGAUUGUGGAUUACCUCAUGCGUCAGGAGAAAGUCACAGACAGGAUGGACCAUUCCAAAGUGGAGACAGAAACAGUGUUGAGUUUCAUUGAUGACAUCAUCUCUGGAGCAAAGUCCCCCUGUGCCAUGCCAUCUCAGGUGCCUGACAAGCAGUUCAACACCAUCUCUCUGAUUAUCCGUUGCCUGGAACCUGACACCACCUAUAUGUUUACCCUGUGGGGAGUGGACAACACAGGACGACGUUCCAGACCAAGUGAUGUGAUAGUGAAGACCCCCUGUCCAGUAGUAGAUGACGUGAAAGCCCAAGAAAUAGCAGAUAAGAUCUACAAUCUCUUCAAUGGCUAUACCAGUGGGAAGGAACAACAGACUGCAUAUAACACCCUCUUAGAUCUCGGCUCUCCAAGUCUCCACCGAGUCCUCUAUCAUUAUAAUCAACAUUACGAGAGUUUUGGAGAAUUCACUUGGAGAUGUGAAGAUGAAUUAGGCCCCAGGAAAGCUGGACUCAUCCUCUCCCAACUUGGAGACCUCAGCAACUGGUGCAAUGGCCUCCUCCAGGAACCCAAGAUAAGCUUGCAACGCACCUCACUCAAAUACUUGGCUUGCCGCUAUAGGGAGAUCAAGCCUUAUGGACUAGAGUGGUCUGAGCUUAGCCGAGACCUCAAGAAAACCUGUGAGGAGCAAACACUCAGUGUCCUGUACAAUGAUUAUGGCGAUAACAAAGAUAACUAGAGCUUCAAGGGACCUGCAGGGCAAGACUGAACAGGAGGGAGGAAGGGCUUUCUGGUUGGUUUCUUGAUUAAACUUUUUUUUUUCUAAUGGACUACUGAAACCUCCAAAGGCAAAAUAAUGUAAACCAAGGAGACAUAUUCACUGCUCUCUGCAGGACUUCUUUGGUAUGAAAUUCUUCUUCAGCAUGACAUUGUCAGCCUGAGGUUUCAUAUGAUACUCUUUUCCUUUGAGGGAUUUCUUUAAAAUUUUUAUUGUUGUUGUUGAUUUGCUUCUCUCACUUUUCUAAGAGUUUCAUCAAACUGCUCUAUGCUUCAGGUGAAAAACCUAUCAUGCACAAGCUUUCCUUUCUCCAUCUGUAUGAAGCCUAUACUGCUCACUCUGUCUCCCUCCCAUUUCACAUUCAGAGGGAUAUACUCAGAAGAAGGGCUGAGACUUUAAUCCAUUAGACUUGCCAAGCAUAUAAAGUCUCUAAUGUGGUAUAGAAGUGUUAACUAUGACAAAAAAAAAUAGAUUGAAUUCACCCACUACGGAGCUCCUGAUUUUCACAAAGGUGCCAAUGGAGUGAGAGUGGGACACCUAAUAGCCACCUCCUUCAUCCCUCGUUCAUUCCCAGUUAAACAGAUUAUAAGUGAGCCAUACCUAUAGAAUUGGGGUUACACCAAAAAGAAACCUCAUCUGGAGGGAGGGCUUUUGCCCCUUUUUCUUUUUAUUUCCUCUGUCUCAUGGAUACAUUAGGAAUUUUAAGCGUCUUUCUCUUUCAAGGUGAAAACUGCCAUCAUUUUCAUGUAUCAUAUAUAGAAGGAGAUCUUCAAAAAUUUCCAGAACAUCUGGUCAUUUUUUUUUCUGCAUCCAAGAAGGACUAAAAGUAAAUGUCCUUGUUCAAGGGGAUCUUUUUUUCCAAUUCCCUGGUAAGGGGGAAGUGAAUUCUCUACCUUCUCCCCCUUCAGAUAGAUUUUCUUAUCUAUGAAAUUAUCCCUUUUCCACAAGGGAAGAAAAGUUGAAGCAAAAAACAAUGACUUCUCCUGAUUAUCUCUAACCUGAAUCUUUACAAGCCAGAGAUAAAUCUAUUUGUUUUGACAUUUUGUCCAUAGAAGGUCAAGUUACCAGGUUUUCCUUAGUCUCUUCACCAUGCCCAUUCCUACGUAGAUACACUGUGUUCACCUGAUAAUCAUCAUUUGAUUCCUUUAUGUUGGCGUCUUAGCUUGCAAAAUGCCCAUAAGAAAGUUUCUUAUUCUGUUACCCUCCCCCCCCCCACUAAUCUUGUUACAUUAUUCAACUAGUCUUGCAAUUUUUUUCUUUUCAUGACCCUUCACCGGUUAGGAACUCCAGUGAAGGUGUCCUCCCCACUGCAAAUUGGGGCUAGGUAAUCUAGAAAUGCAUUGUGCAAGUUCAAGGGUUGUCAUGCUGUCUAUAAGAAUGGGUUUUACUGUGCAUUUUCACCAGUGACCCCAUAAGAAGAAAUUCAGUUUAUUUUGUCUCUUUCAGCUACCACCCCAAAUGUUCAAGCCCACUUCAAGCUUCACUGCCUUUCACUAUCUUACUCCUUAUUUGAAAAAAAAAAAAACAAAGGGGAUAUGGAAAGAGGAAUGGAAGUUUGAUGAGGUUCAGAAUUGAAUUAAGCUAGACUUUAACUUUUGUGAGAGCAGUUAAGGAGAUAUGUUCACUCACCCUCCAAAUUUGAAAUCCAGGUGAUUCUAGAAAUAUGUUCCACACAGGGUGAUUCUCAGGGCAUUGCCACAGCUUUCAUGGAGAUCAGCCCAAGACUUAUCUUCUAGGUAAUGUUCUCCUGAGGCUCCUUAGGAGGUACAUCAUUAGUCCUCCAUCAUUUCAUGACUCACAAAUAUGUGUCAUUGUUCUGGUGGCACCAGUCCUAUAGGUAUUUCUAUGAUUCCACUUAUAUAUCUAUAAUUUGAAUUUAAGCUGGCCCUUUCUUCUUUAAAAGGAAACCCAUGAUAAGGGGGAGUUUGCAUUCUGUGUUCAAAGAAAUAAAUGUGUUAUCCCUUGUAUUUUCUGAAGGCCAGCCUUCCACCUCUGCAUGGGGAACAGAGCUGGCUCUUACUCUAGUGGAUGUACUUGGGGGAUCUCUGGGAAUCUAUUACCAUGGCUAACAGAGGACUCUCUUCAUUAGCACUUCCCCUACAUUAGUACACAACCCUAAGGUGAAAUGUUGAGGUUUUUACAAGAUCCUUCUUUUUACUUGCUCGCUCCAUCAACAAUUUCUGAUGAGAGUAACAAUAUUUAAUUAAUAAUAAUAGUAAUAAAAAGUAGGCAUGAGAGCAGAAUUGGGAUGGGAUGGGGGAAUUGUCUUUGCAGUGGCUCACUGGCUUUGCCUCCUUUUCCUCUGGAAAAAAAAAUGUUUGAAUGCUAACACCAGUAUCUUCCCACCUUGCAAUGAGUAUGCUGAUGGGCCUUGGAGAAAAGUGAAUUAUAUCAUUAUCCUGGAAUUUUGUCCUUUCUCUGUUUUUGAUUUUGUUGUAUUGCCUUCCUCCCUUUCUAUUUCUUCCUUUCUUUCCCCCCUUUAUAUAUAUAUAUAUAUUCCUUGUCUCUGAUUGCCUUCCUUCUUUUUUCAUCCUCUCUCAUUCUCCUUUUUCCCUACUUACUUCCUAACCCAUUCUUCCCUAAAUACCCUUGUUUAUUUUAUUUUCACAAUCCUUUCUUUUAAUGAGUGUCCAUAGGAUCCCCUUACUCUAUUUCCCUCUACUCUAUCCCUAUGCUUUUCUCUUUACCUUGGUCUUGGUCCCAUGCUAUCACCAUUGACCCUCAAGAUAUAAAAGAGGGUCCUAAAAGAACAGGGGCAUCUUUAGGAGAGAUGAGCAAUAUUGUUGGAGUAUAGUCCUAUCAUCACUAGCUGGCAUGCAAUGAAGUUACCGCAAGGAUUCCCUUAUAGCUAGAAGUUGAUAGUGGUACCUUUUCAGUGUUAAGUCUCCCAAACUAAUCAGACUUUUAAGGAGCUCCUUUCCCUCCCCUCCCCUCUCUUACUGUUUUCUCCUGUUCUCUCCUCUCCUCUUCUCCCAUUUUCCAGAUUGCCAAAUUAAUCAGUCCUUUGGAAGUUCCCUUCCUUUCCGAUCCCUCCUCCUCUCUUCUCCUCCCUCUCCUCCCUCCCCCUCUCUUUCCCGCUUCCCUUCUACUGGGGAAGAUGUUCUCAUAAAGCAAACUUCUUCUGGUGUUCCCCCUUGAAGCAAACAUGUAUCACUCUCUAAUAGCCUCAUGAUUUUUAACUCACCAUUCAGUUAUUUUCUUUGGAGAUUGGUCCAUUCACUAUUUUUUGGUUAACAAUUGAAAACCACCACUACACUUCUUGCUAUUCAGAUGAUCUAUUAAGAAAUCUAGUGUGAGAAAUACCUUACUGCUGUAGAUGGGAUGAAAGAACACCAUGUGACCAACUUCAGGUAUUACAGUAUUACUUAAAAAAUAUUGUACAAUUGUUUUAAAAAAUAUGGGAAAAAGUUAACUAAAUAUUAAACAAGCUGUUAGUA